AUGGACAAGUCUGAGAUGACUCAUGUCGAGGUGGCCAACGAUGUUCCCCUUUCUGAACAUACCGGCAAUGGACAAGUCAAACUCAUGCGGGAUGGCGAAGUGGUGUUGAUUCCAACUCCCACGACCGACCCUAGAGAUCCAUUGACCCGGCCAGCAUGGAGUAAAUGGCUCUUCCUCGUCAUCGUCUCUGCAUGGAGUUGUACAGCUGUUGUCUUGGCCUCCGGCAUGGGAUCCAUCUUCACCUCCAUUCAGGCAUCCUACCCCGGUCAGGAAGCCCGAGCCAACGACCUGAUGACCUAUCCCACUCUCUUUAUGGGAGUUGGAAACCUCAUCGCCAUGCCCUUUGCUUUCACUUGUGGCCGUCGACCGGUUUUCCUCGUCUCGAUGGUGUUGCUGAUCGCCGCUGGGAUUUGGUGUCAGUGCUCAUCCAGUCUCGGGAGCCACAUCGCCGGUCGGAACAUCAUGUCCCUGGCCGCCGGUCAAAGUGAAGCACUCUGCCCUAUGGUCAUUCAGGAGAUUCAUUUCUUGCAUGAGCGGGGUCGCAAGGUUGGCUGGUUUAUCUUCAUCCAGAACAUUGCCGCCGGGGUAUUUUAUGUGGUUUCCACCUACAUGGUGAGCAGCUGGGGAUGGAGGUGGUGGUAUGGCUUUUUCAACAUCAUGAAUGUUGUCAUUGGUAUCUUCGCUUUCCUGUUCCUCUUUGAGUCUAAGUUCGAUCGAUCAGAGGAAGCCAUGCGCGGAGAACCGGUGCUCAACUCCAAGAUCACGGAGCACCAGGCAGUCUUGGAGGAGGUGAGAGGGCAUGAGCCUCGCAGCUGGAAGAACGAUCUCAAGCUGGUUGCAGUCAAGCCUAGCUUGCACGAGAUCCCUACCUUCUACAAGCAGCUGCUUCAAGGAUUCUGCAUUCCCACCAUCAUCUGGCUUCUUCUACUGAAUGGUGCCCACCUGGGAGUAUACAUCUUCCAAGCCGCCACCUUCGCGGGGGUUUUGAUGGCCCCCCCGUACGGCUUCAGCUUCGAUUCUCUGGGUUACGUGCAAGCGGGUCAGCUCGUGGAUUGUCUGGUCUUUCUGCCACUUCUUGCUUACGGGAGCGACUUGGUCAUCAAGCGCCUCACUGUUCGCAACGGCGGUGUGUACAAGCCUGAAUACCGUCUCCCUGUCAUCAUUCUACCGGUGAUUGUCGGCGUCAUUAGCAGUGUGUUCUACGGACAGGCGGCUUCCCACCCCGAGAAAUGGAGUGCCGCGGCAAUCAUCAUCGGUUACAACGCGAGCUACUUUGCUUUCUUGGGCGCCAACAUUGUCGGAAUCACUUAUGCUGUGGACAGUUUCCCUCUGCGUGCCGCACCAUUCUUGGUCGUCGUUUGUGCAGGACGAGGGUUGAUUUCCUUUGGGCUGAGUUACGCCACGCUGCCUGCCAUUCACACGGUGGGAUAUGACUGGACCAUGAUCAUUGAGGUCAUCAUUUGCGGUGUCCUUGCGUUGAUGGCCAUUCCCGUGUACAUUCUGGGCCCUCGCAUUCGAGUGUGGGCGGAGAAGUGGAGUGGUUCUGGUGAAUCGACAAACUGA